CCUCCUCGGGAAAGGGGAUUAGCACGCUGCCACUGUUGAACAGUGUCAAAACUCUUUGAUUUCGAUCCCUCUCCUUUCUUGAUCAUGGCGCUAUUAGUUCGGUCUCUCCUCCGCAGAUCAUCAUCGCCUUCAUCGUCGAAUCCAUUCUCCGGAGGCGUUGGCGGUGCGGUGUGGAGGAGAUGGAUGAGCCAGGAGGCUGCCGGGUAUCACUUGAGCGGAGGGCCGGCGCACAUGCGCGGAGCAGUGUUUUGGGAGGUUAACAGGCCUCUCACCAUCGAAGAUUUCCACAUGCCUCGCCCUAAGGCUGGAGAAGUUCUCAUCAAAACCAAAGCCUGUGGAGUAUGUCACUCUGAUCUGCAUGUUAUCAAAGGAGAACUUCCAUUUGCUAGCCCUUGUGUGGUGGGGCACGAGAUAACGGGUGAGGUUGUUGAACAUGGCCCACUCACGGACACCAAGAUUACUAAAAGAUUUCCUAUUGGAUCUCGUGUUGUUGGAGCUUUCAUCAUGCCCUGUGGUAGCUGUUUCUUCUGUAACAGGGGCCAGGAUGAUUUAUGUGAGGAUUUCUUUGCUUAUAAUCGGGCAAAAGGAACCCUUUAUGAUGGUGAAACAAGGCUAUUCCUACGCAACAAUGGGAAACCAGUAUUCAUGUACAGUAUGGGUGGCCUUGCUGAAUACUGUGUUGUGCCUGCCCAUGGAUUAACCAACUUACCAGACUCAUUGCCAUAUACUGAGUCUGCAAUUUUAGGAUGUGCAGUCUUUACUGCUUAUGGUGCUAUGGCGCAUGCAGCUGAGGUGCGUCCUGGCAAUUCUGUUGCUGUAAUUGGUAUUGGGGGUGUUGGCUCAAGUUGCUUGCAGAUAGCACGGGCAUUUGGUGCCUCUGAUAUUAUUGCUGUGGAUGUUAAUGAUGAAAAACUGGAGAAUGCAAAGGUUUUUGGUGCCAGUCAUACUGUAAAUGCACUUAAAGAAGAUGUUGCUGAUAAGAUUAGAGAAAUAACAGGAGGAAGGGGUGUGGAUGUUGCUGUGGAGGCCUUGGGAAAACCGCUGACAUUUGCACAGUGCACCCAAAGUGUACGAGAUGGAGGAAAAGCUGUAAUGAUUGGACUUACGAAAUCUGGUGCUGUAGGGGAGAUAGAUAUAAAUCGCCUUGUUCGCAGACAGAUAAAAGUCAUUGGGUCAUAUGGAGCACGGGCAAGGCAGGAUCUUCCCAAGUUGGUUAAGCUGGCAGAAACCGGUAUCUUCAAUCUCAAGGCAGCUGUUUCUAGAAAGUGUGAAUUUGAGGAGGUUGGCAAGGCAUAUCAAGAUCUUGACCAGGGAAAGAUUGUUAGCCGAGCUGUGGUUGAGAUAAUGUAGUCCUCUUCACUCAAAAAAGCCAUUCAAGAUAUAAUGUUGCCCUGAAACAGUUCAUAGGAGAUGCUUCCCAGUCAUGUUCCCCACGACUGCUUUGAUUGGAUAAGUUCAAGAACUGGCCAUCUCUUUAUAUUAUGCAAAUGUCUUUGCUCCUGUAACUUGAAUUGAACUGCUCUGGUACGUAAUAAAAUCUGAUCAAUGGCAAUGUCUUAUGUUCCAUAUU